AUGAUGAAGGACCAAAUUAGUACCAUAAAAAAUCUUCCCCAGGAAUAUGCAUCAGACCCUCGCCACUUCGACCGCACUCUUCUUCAUCGAGGAUACUGUCUGACCACCCGCUGUCCUUCAUCAGAGACCAACACCACCCUCCGCUUCGAGCAAUGUGUGGAACAACACGCCUUAACACCAGGAGUCAAGGCAUCUUUACAAUCUCAUUUCUGCGUGAGCAGAGAAAAUAAACCUAGAAACCUGGAUAGGCCAGAACUCAUCUUUUUAGCUGUGUUGGGUGUCGUCCUGGCUUUUAAUGUUGUCGGCACACUGUAUGACAUCCUGCAGUUUGGUAAGAACACAUACCUCCAGGCUUGGUCAGUUCGCUACAAUUGGCAGAAAUUGAUCACAACUUACGAAGAAGGAGACCCUCGUGUUUCGUCCCUUACAGCCAUACAGGGUAUUCGCGUACUUCUGCUAGUUCUGGUGAUGAUGACCCACUCGUCAGAGAUACAACACAAACUUUACCUGUACAACCCCGGCCGACUCGAACAGUUCCUACAACAAUCGGUGACAAUGUUAAUACGUAACGGUUCAGCCUUAGUGAUGGGUUUUGUGGUGAUCUCAAACUUUCUGUUUGGAUACAGUCUGCUUGUCCUCUCCAAGACCAGGAAAUUAGGUUUGGCACAGCUACCUAUGUGUUUGCUGCAUAGGAUUAUUAGGUUAGCUCCUGUGCACCUGUUAGUGAUCGGUUUUGCCGCAACAUGGUGGCGUCAUGCCGGCGACGGCCCACAGUGGAGCGGCAUAGUUUCUGCCGAAAGCGAAGUGUGCAGGAAGAAAUUCCUCAGUCAUGUCUUCUUCAUGCACAAUCUUAUCAACCCAGAGGAACACUGCUUAUUACAGACUUGGUUUUUAGCAGUGGACUUCCAGUUGUAUGUAGUCGCUGCAGCUCUGUCGUUAUGGCUGCUGCAAACAGGUAGACGUGCCAUCCCCUUUCUGACAACGCUGUUUUUCGGAUCAUGUCUAUUAAAUGUAGUUCUCGCCUACUUCAACGACUGGAAAUCUCUCUUAUACAUCAUGCUACCAGAGAACGUACGUACAACCUUCCACGACGUGCCUUCGUUCUAUCGUUUCUACGUAGCGCCUUGGGGCAGUCUCCCGUCCUGCUUCUUGGGUCUUUUAUUGGCCCAUGUAUACUUCCAUAUGCAAGAGAAUGGAUUUAAAAUCUUUAAAUAUAAGCUGUUAGUGUGGACCUUCCACCUUAUCGUCCCUAUACACGUGGGCUUUAUUCUCUGUGGUAACUACAUUAAAGACACAAAGUCGGGCUUCGCCACCGCCUUGUACAUGGGCGCAGAAAGACCGGCCUUCGCUGCACUGGCUGCCUUCUACGUGUUGGCUGUUGCUAAUAAUGUUGACAGCGUCGUACGUCGUAUUUUCGCAGUGAAGUUAUUCCAGAUACUGGGACGGAUAUCCUUACCUGUUCUGAUGCUGCAUUGGUGUGUCAACAUGAUGUUAGUUGCUUCACGUCGGACGCUAUCCGAAGUUUCCGUCCAAAAUAUAGCGUCUGAUUUAAUAUCAACAAUUUGGUGGACGUACGUCUUGGCGAUACCAGUGAGUCUUCUAGUGGAAGCGCCUAUACAAAAAUGCUUCAACAGUUUCGUGAAAUCGCGCUUCGUAGAAACGCCGACUUCGAGGCCGCAAACUCCAGUAAAAAGAACAAGAUACCAUAGAAAGAAAUCUUCAUAG